AUGUUACACUAUCCCAUCUCACAUAGGCAGCACUCUUCCCCACCUCAGUUGGCUCGACAUGGCCUUCAAUCAGUUCAUCGGACUUAUCCCUUCUUCAUUAUCCAAUGCUUCUGGGCUCUCAUUCAGUUCCAAAUGAACAAUCUCCAUGGAAAAAUCCCUUGUACCCUUGAAAACUUACAGAACCUGCCAGUCUUGUCCCUUGAUGGGAACCAACUAGCAGCCAAGGAGGCCAACGAUUGGAGCUUCCUCACUGCUCUAACCAACUGCAGCAAAUUGACUAUCCUACUUAUCGACAACAAUAAUCUUGCUGGUGUCUUACCCAAUUCAAUAUCCAACCUCUCCACAGAAAUCCAGGUCCUUGCUUUUUCCAAUAACCAGAUAUCUGGAAGCCUUCAUUCAAAUAUAGGGAACCUGAAAAACCUGAUGGUACUUGGCAUGAGUUCAAACCUUCUCACAGGUAAUAUUCCUGUCUCUCUUGGAAAUCUUAAUGCACUGCAUGUACUGAAUAUGUCUCACAACAAUUUCCUCGGCCGAAUUCCACCUUCACUCGGAAACAUUAGUCAAUUGAAUUGGCUCGAUCUGCAAGGAAACAAAUUGAGUGGAAGCAUUCCAACCCAACUUGGAAACUGCAAGAACUUGCAGUUUCUCGCUCUCUCUGACAAUCAGCUUACAGGCACUAUACCCAUUGAGAUUCUUAGCCUGCCUUGUCUAUCCUUGGGCCUAUACUUAUCACACAAUGCAUUACAUGGGCUCCUACCUUCUGAAAUUGGCAACCUAACAAAUGUCAAUAACCUCGAUAUUUCUGAGAAUAGAUUGUACGGUGCAAUCCCUGAUGGCAUUGGCAAAUGCGUGGUCCUUGUAGACCUUGAUAUGAAGAAAGGAUCGCCGGAGUUCUUCUCGGCUGCCGGAGCAAGAGUCUCCUAUGCCGAAUUGGUCAAAGCAACUGAUGGGUUUUCUUCAGCAAAUCUGAUUGGUGUUGGGAGUUUUGGUUCUGUAUAUAAAGGGGUCAUGGAGUGGGAUGACGAAAAGAUGGUUGCCAUAAAGAUACUGAACCUUCGGCAGCAGGGGGCUUCAAGGAGUUUCAUAGCUGAAUGUGAGACCUUGAGGAGCAUCCGUCAUCGGAACCUGGUCAAAAUCAUAACUGCAUGCUCUGGUGUUGAUUUUAGAGGUAAUGAUUUCAAAGCAUUGGUUCUUGAAUUUAUGGAGAAUGGAAGCUUGGAACAAUGGUUGCAUCCAAAACUGAAUGAGCGAUUCUCGAUGAGGAUUUUGAAUUUAGAACAGAGAGUGAGCAUAGAUGUGGCUUCUGCACUGGAUUACCUUCAUCAUCACAGCCCAGUGCCAACUGUGCAUCGUGAUCUCAAGCCGAGCAACAUUCUUCUGGAUGAUGACAUGACUGCCCGUGUGAGUGACUUUGGGCUGGCAAAGUUUCUCUCUGAAUCUACUAACUUAUUCUCCAUAUCUGCAAGCUUGGUGGCAAUUAAAGGAUCAGUUGGAUAUAUUGCCCCGUACGGUUUGGGAAGCGAAAUAUCAACUCGGGGAGAUGUGUACAGCUAUGGAAUACUUCUCUUGGAGAUGUUUACGGGAAAGAGACCCACUGAUGAAAUCUUUAAUGAAAGCCUAGAU